CCAGGGGUCUUUUGGGCUCCUCAUGAGUGUGGAGGGCCCCGAGACCUGACACGCGUGCUCGCACAGCUCACGCCCACAGACACGCUCACCCUCCCCACGCGAUCACACCGCACUCUGGGGCCGUGUCUGGAUGGCCAGGGCCUCCUGCGUUGAGCUGUUGUUCGGAUCCAGCUGGCUGGCUCCGUGAGUCCAGCGGUCUGUAGCCAGGGGGCCUCCGAGGGCGCACACAGUGGGGUGACAGGCAGCCUUGCUAAAGAAAAAGUGCGCCCGUGCCUGAGGUGGGAGGAUGUGAUGACGCGGUGGCCCCCGCGCAGCGGGAACUCGGGCCUUUAAAAAGCUGAGGAAACAGCCUGUGAGCAAAGCCGUGGCUACACUGGAGGAAAGCACACCCAGGCCUCACAUUCAAGAAGCCAAACUGUCUGCUUCAAAGAGAAAGGGCAACAUCCUGUCACAGGCCAUGCUCUGGCAAAAACGAGGUGCCCUGUUCCGGCCCAGUGCUUUGGCCUCCCAGCUUUGAUGACAAAAGGCACAGUGAAACUUCUCACAGCCGCAAGGCUGGACACCUUCUGGUCCCAAGUAUGUGGCUCAGCAUCGGCCACAGCACCAGAACAAGCCCCAGCCCCGCCCCGGCCAUACCAGGGCGUCCGCGUGAAGGAGCCGGUGAAGGAACUGCUCCGGAGGAAACGUGGCCACGCCAGCAGUGGGGCGGCUGUCACACCUACGGCGGUGGUGCUGCCCCAUCAGCCCCUGGCGACCUACACCACAGUGGGUCCUUCCUGCCUUGACAUGGAGGUCUCUGCUUCCACGGUGACCGAGGAGGGGGCCCUGUGUGCCGGCUGGCUCUCCCAGCCUGCCCCGGCAACCCUUCAACCCCUGGCCCCGUGGACACCCUACACGGAAUACGUGUCCCACGAAGCUGUCAGCUGCCCCUACUCAGCGGACAUGUACGUGCAGCCCAUGUGCCCGAGCUACACGGUGGUGGGGCCCUCCUCCGUGCUGACCUACGCGUCCCAGCCACUCAUCACCAAUGUCACGACAAGAAGUGCAGCUGCGCCCACAGUGGGGCCCCAGCUGGACGGCCCGGAGCACCAGGCACCUCUCACCUAUUUCCCGUGGCCUCAGCCCCUGUCCACGCUGCCCACCUCGACCCUGCAGUACCAGCCUCCGGCCCCAGCCCUGCCUGGGCCCCAGUUCGUACAGCUGCCCAUCUCCAUCCCCGAGCCAGUCCUUCAGGACAUGGAGGACCCCAGGAGAGCCAUGAAUUCCCUGACCAUCGACAAGCUGCUUUUGGAGGAAGAGGAUGGUGACGCCUACGCACUCAACCACACGCUCUCCGUGGAGGGCUUUUAGGGUAUACUCCUGAUGCUGGGAUUUAAAACAGGAUUCAAAUCAGGGAACAGGAUUCACAUCUGUUUGGAAUGGUCACGUUAUGACAGUCCUUGGCACCCCCAACUAGAGUGAGAGACCUUCCCUUCCUUCCUUUCUUCCUUUUCCCUUCCUCUCUCCCUCCAUCCCUCCCUUCUAUCCUUCCUCAUUUCUUUAUCCAUUUCUGUUCCUUUUGGAGAAGGAAUUAUAGGGAUUUUAGUGAUGAUAUUGAUGCCACUGUUGCAAACCUAUGACCCAGGUGCUUUUUUUUUUUUUUUUUUUUUUUUUUUUUUUGCCUCAUUUCAUUCACUGGAGCAAGCAGCAGCCUGGCUGAGCUGUCCUCAGGCCUGUGAAGCCCUGCCCUGCCCUCUGUCACAUUGAGGUGGAAGGGGUGUCCUACCGUACCUCCACGGGCAGACCCCCGCCAGAGUCCUUGAGCUGUUCGGAAAUUCCCACAGUUGCUCCUUCGUUUGCGGUUUUCAGGGCCGGCCAGACUUACAGUCUCAGGCAGCAGAGUCUCAAGGCCUGGGGCUCAGGGAGGUGGAGGGGUGGUGGUCCUGAGAGAAAAGGGAACGUCAGAGUGGGUCGGGGCUGGGUCAAGGGACAGAGGAGGGAGGGGAAUAAGGUGUGUGUAUAUGGGGGUGGAGGGCAGGGCUGGGUUGGGUUGAAAGAAGAGGCUGAGGACCCAUUUAGCCCCAGAUUACUGGUUAUUAAGUAGAAUAAACUCAACAAAAAUAUUGGUUUAAUGGACAGUUUUGCUGCUGUCCUUGAGGACACCUGCAAGGAAAGCUGGGCUCCUGUAACCAGGAUGCACAGGUCUGACUGCCUCCUCCUAUGGGCAGACCCUCUGUGGUGCUUGCUGGGUGGGGAGCCAAGACCCACCAAAGCCCAGGGGUGACUGCGUCCUUGCUGCCUCACUGUGCUUCUUGUGUGUCUAAAAAAAAACUCCAUAAGCCACCACAAUGUGGAGCCUUGGCCUCCUUCCUAAGCACCGUCCUUCCUGGGGCCUUCUAGAGCCUCAGCUGGAAGAACCGCUAGGUUUCAUUUAGAUUUUUAUUGUUUUGCUGGGGAAUUGCAGAUCUGCAGGUGCUUGGGCACAGGUGUCGCUGGGGCUACAGGGCUGCUGACGGGCGCUGUGCUUUGAGAUCCAGCACAUCCAUCUGCCAAUACCAGUGUGAGUGUCAGGCAAACACGCUAGUUGGUGGAGUCCAUGUCCAAGUGACAAACUUUUCUCAGAAAUGAUGGCUUCAUGGGCACAUUUCCUUUCCCAUCUUCAGUAAAAACUCCAGAAAGUUGCCUUUUAUUGGAUAUUUUUUCUGCUUUGGGAUUAUUGGGACCCACAUUUCUCAGCAUCUGCCUUUUAAAAUCCUAUUACAAAUAUCUUGAAUUGUUUGUAUUUGGACUUAAUAUUUAGAUUUAAAAGGUUAAAAUUUUCAAUACCAAAUUUACAUCUUUGUUAGUAGUGAUGUUGAGUAGACAAAGAAGAGGAGGCCUCAGGCCCAUUUCGUUUCCUAGAGAAAACACUAUCCAAGAUUUUUCAGCUUAUUGUUUGAGAGUUUGAGAUAACAGAAGUGAUCUCCAUGAGGGAGUCUCAGGUGGGACAAACUAGCAUAGAAAUAAAGUACUUUAAGUAUUUGCUAAGAUUUAUAUGAUGACUUUUUUUUCCCUCCUUAGCUUGGGGUACAAGGUCUUGGUUGUAAUAGUUUCUCUAGGUUUCUUUCUGGUUUUUCCUGCUAAGAUGGAAACAUUUUAAUAAAGAUUCACUCAGA